UCAUCUCCCAGAAGCCUUGGAGGAGGAGAAGCGCGUACGCUCUUUCACCCCGCUGUCGGCUGUGGAACGUUUAGGCAACGUGGUGUGUCUCUUUGCAGAAAGGCUUGAGCUUUUGUGCUUGGCCUGCGGGGGCCUUGCGGAGCUUUUUCACUCUUAUAAGAACUCACGGCGGGCCGUGCAGAGCGCCCGGACACCGCCUCACCAUGUUGGUGCUGUUUGAAACGUCCGUCGGCUACGCCAUCUUUAAGGUUUUAAAUGAGAAGAAACUUCAAGAGGUCGACAGUUUGUGGAAAGAAUUUGAAACUCCAGAGAAAGCAAAUAAAAUAGUAAAGCUAAAACAUUUUGAGAAAUUUCAGGAUACAGCAGAAGCAUUAGCAGCAUUCACAGCUUUGAUGGAAGGCAAAAUCAAUAAGCAACUGAAAAAAGUUCUGAAGAAAAUAGUAAAAGAAGCCCAUGAACCCUUGGCUGUAGCUGAUGCCAAACUAGGAGGGGUCAUAAAGGAAAAGUUGAAUCUCAGUUGUAUCCACAGUCCUGUUGUUAAUGAACUUAUGAGAGGAAUCCGCUCACAAAUGGAUGGAUUAAUCCCUGGGGUAGAACCACGUGAAAUGGCAGCUAUGUGUCUUGGAUUGGCACACAGCUUAUCCCGGUAUAGAUUGAAAUUUAGCGCUGAUAAAGUGGACACAAUGAUUGUUCAGGCAAUUUCCUUGUUAGAUGACUUAGAUAAAGAACUAAACAACUACAUUAUGCGGUGUAGAGAAUGGUAUGGCUGGCAUUUUCCUGAAUUAGGAAAAAUUAUUUCAGAUAAUUUGACUUACUGCAAGUGUUUACAGAAAGUUGGCGAUAGGAAGAAUUAUGCCUCAGCCAAACUUUCUGAAAUACUACCAGAGGAAGUUGAAGCAGAAGUGAAAGCAGCUGCAGAGAUAUCUAUGGGAACAGAGGUUUCAGAAGAAGAUAUUUGCAACAUUCUACAUCUCUGCACUCAGGUGAUUGAAAUCUCAGAAUACAGAACCCAGCUCUAUGAAUAUCUACAAAAUAGAAUGAUGGCCAUUGCACCCAAUGUUACAGUCAUGGUUGGAGAAUUAGUUGGAGCACGGCUUAUUGCUCAUGCAGGUUCUCUCUUGAAUUUGGCCAAACAUGCAGCUUCCACAGUUCAGAUUCUUGGAGCAGAAAAGGCACUCUUCCGAGCCCUCAAGUCUAGGCGAGAUACCCCAAAGUAUGGUCUCAUUUAUCAUGCUUCACUUGUAGGCCAGACAAGUCCCAAACACAAAGGGAAGAUUUCUCGAAUGCUGGCUGCCAAAACUGUUCUAGCUAUCCGAUAUGAUGCUUUUGGUGAAGAUUCCAGUUCUGCAAUGGGAGUUGAGAACAGAGCAAAAUUAGAGGCCAGGUUGAGGACCUUGGAACAUAGAGGGAUAAUGAAAAUAAGUGGAACAGGAAAGGCAUUAGCAAAAACAGAAAAAUAUGAACAUAAAAGUGAGGUGAAGACUUACGAUCCUUCUGGUGACUCCACACUGCCAACCUGUUCUAAAAAACGCAAGAUAGAACAAGUAGAUAAAGAGGAUGAAAUUGUUGAAAAGAAGGCCAAAAAAUCCAGGGUUAAAAUUAAAGUUGAAGAAGCUGCCGAAGAGGAGGAAGAAGAGGCGGAAGGAGUGGUAGUGGUAGAAGAAGAGGCAGUAUCUGUGAAGAAGAAGAAAAAGGACAAGAAGAAACACAUUAAGGAAGAACCACUUUCUGAGGAAGAACCAUGUACCAGCACAGCAAUUCCUAAUCCAGAAAAAAAGAAGAAAAAGAAAAAAAAGAAAGAUAAUGAGGACUAAUGGAAGGAAGCCAUAAUUGAAUCACCUGAAUUUCACAUCUUGCCUAAAGAUUCAGUCAGGAAUAUGCCAGAGAAGCUCUCUAAAAUGGUUGAGGGGGGUUGGAUGAAACAGAAUGAUUAAUCAUCAAAAGCUUUCAAACCUGUUUGUGUCUUGACAUCAGCUCUGCUUACUUUAUUAUGUCAUCAUUUCUUAGAGUCUUUGUUAUACAAAUAAAAAUAUUUUCUUUGUAUUUUAA